CGUCGCCGGCAUCCAGUAAUGAUCCUAUUCACGAUGUUUAUUUGGGUUGUUAGACGAGAUUUCACAGCCAUGCUUUUUUUCGUCGUCGGGAUCCAAUAAAUCCAUCGUUGGGAUCCGACAAAAUCGAGUCCAUCGUGCCCUAGGUCCCGUCUGCUUCCUCGAUCCUCCUCCAGCUUCUGCCUCCACCAUCGGACUUCUAGAAGUGCCCUAAAGACCUUCUACUGCCUUAAAUAUCCUUAUGAAUGCCAUCGAAACCUGUAUAUAAACCGACUUCAGGCGCCAUUUCCAUUCCAAAAACGGAUACCAAAACUAAGCAUGAGGACUCGCUUCCUUGCCACUGACUACUUCACCUCCCAUUUUCGGCUCAAAACCCUGAGAGACUAUCAAUUCCUCCCCCUUCCGCUGCAAAAUCUACCCCCUUUUCAUCCUCUAGGCAUCGAGAUCCCUUUCUUCGAUCUCGAUCUCCGCUUUCCUUCCGAAAUCUAUGGAUUUCUGAUCGAGAAUGCCCUCUCUCGGUUCCUCUCGGAUGUUGUCCCUCGGUUUCUUCAUGCUGGAGAGGGAACCUCCAUUGAUUCCAGCUCUCGGAACAGAAAGCUGGAGCGAUUUAGGUCUGGAUCGGCCGAGAUCGGCGUAUUUGAGAGAAGAGAUGAUGACUCCUGGGAGGAAGGGAACCUGGAGAGUUGGGAGUGCUCCGGCGCUGGAGCAGAUGCUGUUGAUGUAUUAGAUCAAGUAGUGGAUUUUCUUCAUGAAGAGAAGACAGUAGAGAAGUGUUCAGAUUCUAUCACUAAAACUCCAGUGAGCCAGAGGAGCAAAUUGCAGAAGGAAUUACGGUUUGAAAAAGUAGAAAUGGAGCUCCCCCUGAGAGAAACUAUGAGCUCCUGUGAAGCAGAGGAAGCUGGAUUCUGCUUUGAACUUCCAAAUAUUAAAAUUCUUCUGGAUAAUAUUGACAUUGAAGUUGGAGUAACAAUCCCACAUCCCAUUACGGUUACAAAGUCACUUUUUUCAGUGGAAGAUAUUUCUGCCAGACUCGAUGAUGAUCAGGACACAUUUUCUAUUAAACAUGGUAGUUCGUCCCCAGACAGGACAUUGAAUCAGUGUGCCAGAUUACCCCAAUUUGAGAUUUGCGACAACAGUUGGGAGCUUAAUGACAGUAUUUUCACUAUAGAAGUACUCAUACUCACCGAGAUGGCAGCUUUGUACGAGAGGAGUGUAGAGAUCUGAUUGUCUGUUCUUUAAUAUAUAGGAUAGGACAAUCAUGCAUAUUGCAGAGCAUACCGAUGAGUCAUCAUCAUCUGUAGAGUGCAGUCGCGUUGAGGCUCAGGUGUUCACUGAGCUUAUGGGACCAGCGCAUUAUGGUAGAGUGAGGGGUUAUGGAGUUGGAGUCACUUCCACUCAGUUGUUUGCAAUGUGCAGAUAUACUCAGGAGUGUAGACAGAACAAUAGAAUUGCAGAGAUUUAUAAGCUAGAGAGAUAUGAUACAGGAGAUGAGUCAGCGACAUGAUUUACAGAUGGAGAAGUUGAAGCAGAGCUAUCAGACAGAGACAGUGUCAUUGAGGACUCAGGUAGAUCAGAUUACAUCUUUUUUACAUGGUAUUCCCCCGCAUCAGGUAAUUA